AUGCAAGAGCUGUCGAAGGUGUUUUUUUUUUUUACUUUUCUCAAUUUUUUCAGGCAGCCAUUGCAAAUUGAAUGCAAAAUCGAAGGCGCACCGCUGACCGAACUUGCGUGGUUUAAAGACGGUGAAAGAGUGGUUGCCGAUGACAGGAUUAAAAUAGAAAGUGAUGCGGAUGGCCGAGCUCGCCUUGUUAUCAAUCCUUGUAAAAUCGAUGACGAAGGUAUGUAUCGUGUGAUUGCAACAAAUCCGGUUGGAUCGGCACAUGAUAAAGCCCAUGCAACGGUGAAAAAACUGCCAGAAGAUCGAAUUGGUGGAUUUAUUGACGGGUUUUUUUGUCAAAUCAACUACAGUUGUUUGCUACAAUUGUUAAAACUUUUUAUUGUUUUUAGCGAGAAAUUUGAUGCAUAUCGUGCUCCACGCGUUGUGAUACCACUUGAAAGUAUCAGGAUCUCAGAAGGAAACGAGUUCACUUUGCGAUGCAAAUUUAGUGGUGAUCCACGGCCAUCAAUCAAAUGGUUCAAGGACGGCGAGCGUGUAUACUCCUAUGAACGUUGCAGUUUGGCAAGUUUUUUUCUUUUAACGGAGACAGAAGAUGGUACCUGUGAGCUAAAAGUCAAGAGCGCAGGAAGAUUCGAUGGUGGUGGCUAUCGAUGUGUGGCCGAGAAUAUCUAUGGUAGCGCACGGACUACAUGUGAAGUUACUGUACAAUUGAGAGAAAAGAAACCACAGCGCAACUUUGAAGAGGAAAUUCGUGAAGGUAAUGCGCCUGGAUUUUCGGUUCCGCUUACUAUGAAACGAGCGAAACUGGGUGAUAACGUUGUAAUGGAAUGUGUUUCGUACGGUAACCCAUCUCCGGAAAUCAGAUGGUUGAAGGAUGGUAUCGAAAUUGACAGCAGCAACAAAAUUAAGGUGGAUUUUUUGUGUUUUUCAAUUUGA